AUGAGGCUCUCAGGGGGCAAAGUUCCGCGCUCGAUACUUUUCCUAUGCUUGCUCUUUAUAUGUCUUGCCCUCUUUACGGGGCAGACGUUAGCACAAGACGACAGAAAGGACCCAGCGCCGGGUAACAAUCCAGGAAAUAAUCCAAACAACCAGCCGCCCCCUCCAGCAAAGACCGACAAUGCUCGUCCAAACACGCCGGCAUCAAACCCAGCCCCUGCACCAACAGAAAGUAAACCAAAAGAAGGUGAUAAUCCGAACAACACAGGCGAUGCACCAAGCCCUACUGCACAGCCUCCCGCUACGAACACGGACGACAACAAAAAACCUACAGAGACUAUAGACUUACCCCCACUCGGUACUACGACCACGGAGGACAAGCCAUCAACUACAAAGUCUUCUUCAUCCGCCACCUCCAUAUCCCUUCCCGACAACACCGACGACCAGCCAUCUUUUACGCUGCCUUCGCUCACUGGUAUACCCCAAAUCCCCACUGCAGCAAUCCCGCCUAAGAAGGGUGCCCCAUACCUGCAGCACUCCAAUGUCCCUGAAGGCACCGUAUUCAUCGGUGUAGGAGCCGGUCUGGGGCUUAUAUUUGUUGCCGUCUUUGCCUGGCGUGCACUAGUCGCAUGGUCAAUCAACCGCUCCGUCCGUCGCGCAGCUACCACCCCUCUCCAAACAGAUGCCGCUGCUGCCACUCUCCUCAACCCAGCUAAACGCAAGAGCAAGGCUUAUCGCCAAUCUGCUGGAGCCUCCAUGUCUCUUGAAAAACUCAACAGCGGCAACACACCCGGCAAUCGACACUCUGCUCUCCACCGCGCGAGCCAACCGCCAACAUCCAGCCUCUUCUUUUCCCCGACUGCAGGGGCAAGCAACCUGCACGCCGCUGGGAACAGAGGUUCGGGAUACCUACCAGCGGGCUACUACGCUGCCAGUGGGGCAUCACCCGGCACAGGAGCGGGACUUCAGCACAGCACGUCCUCAAUCGGUCUCUCUCCGCUUGGCCCACAGGCACAAGGUUAUUCGCGAACAAGGUCAACGGGACCAACGCCUCCUGAUUCCCCUGCUUUGUCACCCACUAUGCGUAGAUACGAACAAGCACAUCCAUCUACGAGUAGUUUGAACCUCACAUCGCCUCCACAAGGUCGCGCACCAAGCGCCUAUCUCGAGGACUUAUUUGAAAACCACCCCUCUGGUCCCCAGCGGUAG